CACAAGCUCACACACUCCACAGAUACCACUGACACCGAACGCUCUCACUCAAGAAGGCUCAAGCAUCUCCUCCUACGAGCUCACACUCCACAGUCCACACCAAAGCUCAAGAAGCCACCACCGAGCGGACAUGGACAUGGGCCUGCAACUCUCGAGCUCCCCCUCCUCCUCCUUAUCGGCGUCCUCCUCGCCCGAGCACGACGCGGGGCGGUCGUCGUCGCCGGCGCCGGCGCCCGCGAAGCGCCCUGCGGGGCGCACCAAGUUCCGGGAGACGCGGCACCCGGUGUUCCGCGGCGUGCGGCGCCGGGGCGCGGCCUGCCGGUGGGUGUGCGAGGUGCGCGUCCCUGGCAAGCGCGGCGCCAGGCUCUGGCUCGGGACGUACGUGACGGCCGAGGCCGCCGCGCGCGCGCACGACGCCGCCAUGCUCGCGCUGGGCAGCUCCGCGGCACGCCUCAACUUCCCGGACUCCGCGUGGCUACUCAACGUGCCGCCCGCGCUCGCCGGCCUCGCCGACGUCCGCAGCGCGGCCGUCCAGGCCGUCGCGGACUUCGAGCGCCGGGAGACCGCCGCGAUCGACAUCGCCGCCGCUGCCACCGACGAGGCCACGUCAAGAGUGUCUGAGCGGACGUCGUCGUCUGGCAAUGCCGGUUCGUUGGAGACGUCGGAACCUUCCGCAGAUGAUGCGAGGUUUGGUGAGGUUCCGGUAGCAAUGGACAGCGACAUGUUCAGCAGGCUUGACUUGUUCCGGGAAAUGGACCUGGGAAUGUACUACUACACGAGCCUUGCGGAGGCGCUGCUCGUGGAUCCGCCGCCGCCGGAGACAGCCGCCGGCGCGUACUGGGAUAACGGAGACUGCGUUGAGGGAGGAGCUGAUGUCGCGCUCUGGAGCUACUAGUACUAGUAUCGAUAAUCUCCUGUAGGAUCUUACUGUGUUUGACUUAGUCUGUAACUUGAAGCCGCUUCCAACAUGAUGAAAUUUCGACGCACUUUUGUCA